AUGGUGACCUUCCAAAGUGGUGCCUUAAGCAAGUUAUGCUCCAAGGACCAGCAAGAACUCCUGGAUGCCAUCGAUCGUCUCCGUUUGGAGGGCAUCAACAACUAUGUCUCACUGCCCCAGAUCAUUGUCUGCGGUGAUCAAUCAUCCGGCAAGAGCUCUGUCCUGGAGGCCAUCUCUGGCGUCGCUUUCCCAUCAAGGCGAACUUACGCCAACGCGGCUGAGCGCAAGGCUCUAUCUGCCUUCAAGGAGAAGAUGACCUCAUUCGACCUCCUGCCGGACAUCAUCGAAAAGGCAAAGAACCACAUGGGAAUCUCGACAACUCAGGCAAAGGCGUUUUCUAAUCAUCACCUUCGUGUUGAGAUUACGGGUCCUGAUCGUCCACACCUCACUAUCGUCGAUCUUCCCGGUCUCAUCCAUUCGGAAACGAAAAACCAGACUGCCGCGGAUGUCCAGCUGAUCCAAAACGUCGUCCGCUCUUACAUGAACGAACCCAGGAGUAUCAUCUUGGCGGUCGUCUCGGCCAAAAACGACUUCGCCAACCAGGUGGUGCUGAAGCUGGCUCGCGCAGCCGACCCCCGCGGCCACCGCACUCUCGGUAUCAUCACCAAGCCCGAUGCCUUACAUCCCGGGUCCGAGAGUGAGAAGCAGUAUGUCGACCUUGCCAAGAAUCAGGAAGUCGAGUUCCGUCUUGGUUGGCAUGUACUCCGAAACAAGGAUUCCGAUAAGGAAGCCAAGAACGUUGUCGACCGUGACACCAUGGAGCAACAGUUCUUCAGUCAGGGCGCCUGGACUGAGCUCCCACUCGCCCAUCUUGGCAUUGACAAACUCCGUGAGAGACUGAGCAAGGUCUUGCUCAAACAGAUUGCCUCUGAGCUUCCCAAUGUGAUGGAGGAGAUCGAGACCAAGUUUGAGGCAUGCAAUGCCCAGAUCCAGAAGCUUGGUGAUCCCAGGGCGAAGGAGACUGAACAGCGUCUCUACCUGUAUACGAUUAGCCAGUCUUUUCAGCAACUUGUGAAGGCCGCUGUGGACGGCACUUAUAACCACGACUCCUUCAAGGACGCCAAGACCGACACUGGUUAUAGACAGCGAAUCCGAGCCGUGGUGCAAAACCUGAAUGAGAGAUUUGCCGACGAGAUUGCGUCCCGCGGCCAUUACUAUGCAAUCGAGACAUACCAUUCUCGCGUUGUCGGUGACAAGAUGGUCUUGAUUUCUGAAGAGAAGUUCAUCAAACAUAUCGAGAACCUCUUGAGACGUACCAAAGGCCGGGAGCUGCCGGGGACUUUCAACCCAAUGAUCGUUUCGGAUCUCUUCCUAGAACAAGCACGGCCUUGGGGUGAUUUGGCUCGUCAACAUGUCCAGCGAGCGUGGGAGGCUGCCAAUCAAUUUCUUGAUCUCAUCAUCGCCCAGAUCGCGGACGCGUCGACCCUGAAGUCUCUGAAGAAGGAAAUCUUCGGACCGUCUAUGGACGAGAUCCUGACAGAUAUGAUGGAUAAGGCUAGCGAGCUUCUGAUACCGCAUCAGAGUGGUCAUCCGAUCACCUACAACCAGUCGUUUACAGAGGCGCUCCACACUGCCCGAGAGGAGCAGUCGAAGAAGAGGCUGGAAAAGGCUGUACGCUCGUUCUUCGGCAAUGAAUGCACAGAAACAGACAUCCAGCACAACAAGACUGGGUAUUGCAACCGUUGCAACCGCGACAUCACGGGCGGAACCAACAUCAAGGAACUCGUGGAUGCCCUGGCGCGGACUGAACCAAACCCGCAACGCUUUGCAGCCCAAGAAGCCUUGAGCUGCCUUAACGCCUACUAUACGGUAGCGAUGAAGCGUUUUAUCGAUGACGUCGCCGCCCAGGUGAUCGAAGAUAAGCUGAUCGACGCUCUUGGGAGUAUCUUGUCUCCCGUCGCAAUCUUCGAAAUGGAUUCCAAGCAGAUCGCCAUUAUCGCGGGCGAAUCCGAGGAUAGUCGUAUUGAACGAGAACAGCUCACCAAGCAGCUUACGGUGCUCCAGAAGGGUAUGGACACUUGCAAGCGCUUUACCGGGAUGAAGUUCACUGGUAACUCGCUGUUUGUCUCUGCAACUUCCGAGACCGACUCUGCGUCUGGGGCUCAGAAGACGCCUGGCUCAUUGGGUGGUGCAGGCAAGCGGAAGCACAAAGCGCAGAAAGACGAGAAAAAGCAGCCGCAGAAUGCAGAGGCUAGCGCUUGAGCCCGGGCUGUAAACAGCGGCAAGCGAGGCAAGCGAGGCAAGCGAGGCAAGCGAGGAGAACCCAGCAGUACCUUCAUGGAGGAUACUCCAUUGGUUCCGAGGCGUGACCUCUCUCGCAGGGACAUCAACUCGUGGCGCUACCAGGGGGAUGAUGAGAGUGAUGUGGGUGGAAAAACAGGUCAUCAUUGCGCGGAGGUUCAUAAGAGAAAACCUACCCACACUCACCCCCAAAACUAUACGCGCCCACCCCCCAUAGUAAACCCUUACCCUAACAGCCCACGCCAAUCCGUAGCCUAUAUAUAAUACCUGCAUUUGAAACCCCUAUUUUUGCCGCAAAAUUUCGUAUUUCUAAUACAUAUAACAUUAUAUAGCUACUCGAAUACCCUUUUCUUUCUCGAUCUAUUUAACC